AUGUUUCAGGAAACGCCGCCGCACGUCAGCCACGCCCCCUGCUGCCAUGGCAACGGCGCGCUGGCUGGGAAACCCGGAGGAGCGGAUGGGCGGGGCCCAGACGCCACGUUCCCACUUCUUCUAAACCCUUUCCCCAACCAUGUAAGGAGAGGCAGCUGCUGGGGGCGUCCCCAGGAUCUAAAGAUAGCGGCCCCUGCCUCGGAUUCUAAACGCCUCGGGGCAGCGGGAGCCGCCAUGGCACGGCAGCAUGCUCGGACCCUGUGGUACGACAGGCCCAAGUAUGUGUUCAUGGAGUUUUGUGUUGAGGACAGCACCGAUGUCCACGUGCUCAUCGAAGACCACCGCAUUGUGUUCAGCUGCAAGAAUGCCGAUGGAGUGGAGUUUUAUAAUGAGAUUGAGUUCUAUGCCAAGGUGAACUGCAAGGACUCGCAAGAUAAGCGCUCUGGCCGCUCCAUUACUUGCUUUGUGAGGAAAUGGAAGGAGAAGGUGGCCUGGCCCCGACUCACUAAGGAGGAUAUCAAGCCAGUGUGGUUGUCUGUGGAUUUUGAUAACUGGAGAGACUGGGAAGGGGAUGAAGAAGUGGAGCUGGCUCAGGUGGACCAUUACGCAGAGCUUUUGGAGAAGGUGAGCACCAAGAGGCCUCCCCCUGCAAUGGACGACCUGGAUGAUGAUUCUGACAGUGCGGACGUAACCAGUAAUUAA